CGCUGCCCCGGGCGCCCGGGGGCGGUCCGGCGGCGCCCGCCCUGAUGGCGCAUAAAGCCGCGGGCCACCUGCCGGGUUGCUCCUCCGCGCGCCAACGUCCCGGGCCCGCCGUGCCGCCGCCUCUCGGGUCCCCGGAGUCGCCGCCUCUGCCGCCUCUGCGCCCGGACCCCGUUCCCUUCGGGCGCGCAGUUGCCGGAGCGCCGCGUGGGCCCCGGGCGCGCGGACAUGGGCGGGUGCGCCAAGGCGGGCUGGGCGGCCGCGGCGCUGGGCGUCCUCGGGCUGCUGUGCGCGGUGCUGGGCGCCGUGAUGAUCGUGUCUGUGCCGUCCCUCAUCAGGGAGCAGAUCCUCAAGAACGUGCGCAUCGACCCCAGUAGCCUGACCUUCGACAUGUGGAAGGAAAUCCCCGUCCCCUUCUACCUCUCCGUCUACUUCUUCGACGUCGUCAACCCCAACGAGGUCCUGCAGGGCCAGAAGCCGCAGGUGCGGGAGCGCGGGCCCUACGUGUACAGGGAGUACCGGCACAAGGACAACAUCACCUUCAACGACAACGACACGGUCUCCUUCCUCGAGUAUCGCAGCUUCGAGUUCCAGCCCCUCAAGUCCAGCGGCUUGGAGAGCGACUACAUCAACAUGCCCAACAUCCUGGUGCUGAGCGCGGCCAUGAUGAUGGAGAAGAAGCCGAUGGCCCUGAAGAUGCUGAUGACCUUGGCCUUCAGCAGCCUGCGCCAGCGCGCCUUCAUGAACCGCACGGUGGGCGAGGUCAUGUGGGGCUACGACGACCCCCUCGUCAGCCUGGUCAACAAGUACCUGCCUGGCGUGUUCCCCAUCAAGGGCAAGUUCGGGCUGUUCGCGGAGCUCAACAACUCCAACUCCGGGCUCUUCACCGUGUACACGGGGAUCAAAAACUUCAGCCGCGUCCACCUCGUGGACAAGUGGAACGGGCUCAGCAAGGUCAACUACUGGCACUCGGACCAGUGCAACAUGAUCAACGGGACGUCUGGGCAGAUGUGGGCGCCGUUCAUGACCCCCGAGACCCCGCUGGAGUUCUACAGCCCCGAGGCCUGCCGGUCCAUGAAGCUCACCUACGAGGAGGCCGGGGUGUUCGAGGGCAUCCCCACCUUCCGGUUCAAGGCCCCCAGCACCUUAUUUGCCAACGGGUCCGUCUACCCGCCCAACGAGGGCUUCUGUCCCUGCCUGGAGUCUGGCAUCCAGAACGUCAGCACCUGCAGGUUCAACGCGCCCCUGUUCCUCUCCCACCCGCACUUCUACAACGCCGACCCCGCCCUGGCCGAGGCCGUGCUGGGCCUGCACCCCAGCGAGAAGGAGCACUCCCUCUUCCUGGACAUCCACCCGGUCACGGGGAUCCCCAUGAACUGCUCGGUGAAGCUGCAGCUCAGCCUGUACAUCAAGGCCGUGCAAGGCAUCGGGCAAACCAGGAAGAUCGCGCCCGUGGUCCUGCCGCUGGUGUGGUUUGAGGAGAGGGGGGCCAUGGAGGGCGAGCCCCUGCAGAAGUUCUACCUGCAGCUGGUGCUGCUGCCCAAGGUGCUGCACUGCGCCCAGUACGUGCUCCUGGCCCUGGGCGGCCUCCUGCUGCUCGUCCCCGUCAUCUACCAGAUCCGGAGCCAAGAGAGGUGCUACCUGUUCUGGAGCCGCGAUAAAAAGGGCUCGCGGGACAAGGAGGCCAUGCAGGCCUACUCCGAGUCCCUGAUGGCGGCGGCUCCCAAGGGCACGGUGCUGCAGGAGGCCAGACUGUAGGUGGGUACCAGGUUCCCCGAGAUACCAAGCGCCAGCCCAGCCCUGCUGCUCAGCCAGCCGGGCUCCCCAGCCCCGGCACCCCGCUUCUCCAGGACGCUCCCAGCGAACAGCCUGCCGGCCCCAGCGUCUGACUGCACACGUGUGAUCAAACACUGCACACCCCCACACCUGGCCGUGCGCACAGGUGUGUCAGACACGCUCAGGGAUGGGGAUGCUACCGAGGGGACUCGGGGAGCGGCGCACCAGCGGGGACUGUUCUGGAACCUUCUCGCCAAGGCCCUCAUGGGCCCGUGGGCGAGUCGGUCAGCCUCUGGACCACUGGGCCCCAGCGCCUUGUCCACCAGCCAGCAAGACAGGGCUCCUCCUCCCAGGGCGGCCGCUGUCCCGAAGCCCAGCCCGGGGGCGCAGACUUCUCGGGCCAAAGCCGGGGGAGGGGGGCCGUGGGCACAGCCCCUCACACAGGCCUGGGCCGGCCCCCCACCCCCACAGGACUCUGGUCUCCUGGGGUUGGCGGUGGGGAGCCCCUUCCCUCGGCGACACUGACAUGGAGCUGCAUUCCUGAGCCGGCCCCUGGGGUGGCGGAGGCCCCGCCCCAGCUACCCCCCAUGAGGGCCCCCCAUCUUGGUGCCGGGCCAGAGGCGGGGAGGUCAGGGCCCUGCAGCCUGGGGGUCCGGCCUGGGGGGGACCUGUCCACUCACGGCUUCCCGCCCCGAGAGCGCCUCUGCCUCUUUUCUACUGGAAGAAAAAUAAGUUUUAUCAUCUUUUUAAAAGAAUUCACUAUUGGAGUAAUAAACCUUUUAAAAAAGCGA